AUGAGCAUUUUCUCGGACAUGUUGGAAGACUGCAUUGAGAUCUUCAUGGACGACUUUACUGUCUAUGGAGACGAUUUCGAUCAAGGGUUGCAUAACCUAAAUAGGGUAUUAGAAAGAUGCGGCCAGAAGGACUUGGUUCUGAAUUUCGAGAAAUGCCAUUUUAUGGUUACUGAAGGGAUAGUCUUGGGACAUAUAGUGUCAAGCAGGGGAAUCGAGGUCGACCCAGCAAAAGUAGUGGUCAUUGCAAAACUUCCAUACCCCACCAACCAGAAGGAGAUCAGAGCCUUUUUGGGGCAUGCUGGGUUCUAUAGAAGAUUCAUCAAAGAUUUCGCGAAGAUAGCCCGGCCUCUGACGAGACUUCUCCAGAACAAUAUGGAGUUUGAAUUCUCAGAUGUCUGCAAAGCCGCAUUCCAAUUUCUGAAGGAUAGAUUGAUAAGCUCCCUAAUAAUACGUGCCCCCGACUGGAAUCACCCAUUUGAGGUGAUGUGCGAUGCUAGUGACUAUGCUGUGGGGGCAGCACAAAGGAGCUAUGACGUGACCGUGAAGGAGAUGCUAUCGGUGGUCUUCGCAUUCGAGAACUUCAGACCUUACCUGCUAGGGUCUAAAGUGAUAGUGUAUACGGACCAUGCGGCCAUCAAAUACCUCUUGACGAAGAAAGAAUCGAAGCCACGGUUGAUCAGAUGGUGGGUCAACCAAGUGGAAGAGGUUGAUCAAGCUGAGCAAGGAAGUAAGGAACAACACACGCGGAAAGAGCCAUGGUUAGCUGACAUGGCCAACUACUUGGUAACAGGAGAGCUGCCCGGGGGUGAUGAGAUUACAAGGGCACAAAAGUUGAAGCUUAAGAGCGAUUCCCGGUGCCCUCGAUGCCAGCUUACUGGAGGGAUAUCUACAAGAGAUGAGAUGCCUCAGAUUCCCAUUAUUGUCUGUGAAAUAUUUGAUGUAUGGGGAAUGGACUUCAUGGGACCCUUUCCCGCGUCUGAAGACAAUCUCUACAUACUGGCAGUGGACUAUGUGUCUAAAUGGAUCGAGGCGAAGGCAACUAGGACGUGUGAGUCCAGAGAAUUGGCGAAGUUCUUGAAAUCAAACAUAUUUACCCGAUACGGGGUGCCACGGGCCAUUAUCUCUGACCAAGGAACUCAUUUUGUCAACAGAACUAUCGAAGCCUUGAUGCGAAAUUAUGUAGUCCACCACCGCCUAUCCACACCUUAUCACCCGCAGUCUUAUAGACAGGGUGAAGUUUCUAAUAGAGAAAUCAAGGCAAUUCUAGAAAAGACAGUCAAUCCCAUCAGGAAAGACUGGACCCGCCGACUGGAGGACGCACUCUGGGCCUACAGGACAGCUUUCAAAACGCCUAUCGGAAUGUCCCCAUACCGAUUGGUAUUUGGGAAAAUGUUGAAGGGGUUGGCAGCGGAAGCGUCCUACUGGGCAGUCAAAGAAAUGAAUAUGAACACCGAGGCUGGAGCUGCAGAGAGAAGAAUGCAGCUACAGGAGCUUGAAGAGCUCCGUCUGGAUGCCUAUGACUCUGCCAUGUGGUACAAGGAAAAGAUUAAAAUGUGGCACGAUAAAAACCUUCACAAGAAGGAACUCAAGGUGGGCCAGAGGGGACUGCUGUUCCAAUCCAAACUAAAAUUGAUGUCAGGAAAGCUCAGAUCAAGGUGGAUAUGUCCUUAUACCAUUAUCGCCCUCCGAAAGAAUGGAGCAAUCGGACUCCAAGGAAGCAAUCCAGAUUCUCCUUCCUUCAUGGUGAAUGGUCAUAGGAUUGCUUAUCUAUUGUUGUGA